ACGCAUAGAUGGGGGAGGGGCUACUUGGUAGAAACGAGGUAUACGAGGACCCCAGCGUUGCAAGCACGGUGCAGUAUUAGCAGAACCUCUCUGGUGCAUAAAUAAAUGUGUUGCACAACUUACUGACAAACCUAGAUCAUUUAUUCAAGUCUGACAGGUGAUCGUGUGAGUUUUCGUUCGGAAUGUGAAGGAAUCGUGUCACUGCAUGCGGAAUUUGGUGGAUUGUACCUGAUAAAUCAGGCACCUGGGAGGUCCGCAAAAUUGAACCGGAGGUACACACGUGGGUUUGACUGUGAAGAUUUGUCAACAGAGGGAAAGGUAAUAACAUUUAUACUGAGAUGGCAGAAGACACGUUGAUGCUGAACAUCACAAACUCGACAGCCCCAACCUUCAAUAUUGGAAACAAGAAAUUCAAGAGACCAUUCAAGCCAGCUGAUAAAUGGAAAAAGAAAAGAGCUGAGAAACGGAAAGCAUCAGAGAGACCCCAAGAGGCCCCCCCUUCCAAACAGAAACCGCAGCCUGGCCCCCAGCAGAAGCCUUCCAAGGCUCAGAAGGAGGAGCCCUCCAAACGCUGCCCAAAAAGCCCUCCCGUUAAACCGAUUGAAGAAACUGCAAAGAAGGAGGGGUCGCAGACGCGACCAGGAAAACGUGCGCAGAACUCUACUGGGCCUUCUAGACCCCAACAGAGGAGUCAGUUGGAGGAGAGGAGAGACGAGGAAAGGCCCUUUAUCAAGACAUCCUCGCUGUUCAGAAAUAACCCUGACAUCCCAGACAUUCACAGGUCUGAGGUGACCCAGGUGAAGGAGAAGGUGUUCACCAGUGACUCCUUUGCAGAACUGGAGCUCCACCCCCAUCUGCUGUCCACCCUCAAUAAUGUGCUGAAAGUGACCAGCAUGACCAGUGUACAGAAGGAGACCAUUCCUGUGCUUCUGAAUGGGAGGGAUGCAGUGGUGCGUUCACAGACUGGCUCAGGUAAGACGCUGGCCUAUGGGAUCCCACUGGUGCAGUCUCUGCAGGCCACGCAACCUAAAAUCAAGAGAGGGGACGGUCCGCUGGCUGUCAUUGUGGUGCCCACUAGAGAGCUGGCCCAACAGAGCUUCCAGAUCAUCCAGAAGCUUCUGAAGCCCUUCACCUGGAUCGUCCCCGGGGUCCUGAUGGGAGGGGAGAAGAGGAAGUCGGAGAAGGCCAGGCUGCGGAAGGGGAUUAACAUCCUGAUCUCGACGCCGGGCCGACUGGUCGACCACAUCAACAACACGCUGAGCAUCGCCUUCAGCGCCGUCCGCUGGCUCAUCCUGGACGAGGCCGACAGGACUCUGGACCUGGGCUUUGAGAAGGACCUGACGGUGAUCCUGAACGCCCUCAAUGCCACCGGCCCAGCCAGGCAGAACGUGCUGCUGUCCGCCACCCUCACUGAAGGUGUGUCUAGGUUAGCCAACAUCAGCCUGAAGGAACCAGUCAGCAUCCAGGUAUCUGAGCAUUCUGCAGCAGCAGGGUUGACCUCUGACCCUGGAGCGGUGAUGCCGGACCCUGCGGGCCCCGGUCUGACGGAAAACUUCGCCGUGCCAGAGAAGCUGCAGCAGCACGUGGUGGUGGUGCCCAGCAAACUGCGCCUGGUCUGCCUGGCUGCCUUUAUCCUGGGCAAAUGCAAGUUUGAGUCUGGAAACAAGCUGAUCGUCUUCCUGUCCAGCUGCGAGGCGGUGGAGUUUCUGCUCUCCCUCUUCACCACGGUGCUGUGUGGGAAAGCGGACCCGGCUGCCUCACCCGAACAGCGCCCCCCGCUGGCCUUCCUUAGACUGCACGGCAACAUGGCGCAGGAGGAAAGAACAGAGGUGUUUCAGGAGUUUUCUCAGGCCAAGACUGGCAUCUUGCUCUGCACGGACGUUGCAGCUCGUGGGUUGGACCUUCCCCAGGUGACAUGGAUUAUACAGUACACCCCCCCGGUUUCGGCAGCCGAGUACGUGCAUCGCGUGGGCCGCACAGCGCGCAUUGGAACCCGAGGAAACAGCCUCCUCUUCCUCACUCCUUCUGAGACCACCUACCUGAACGUGCUGGCCAAUCACAAUAUCGGCAUGUCAGAGAUGGUGAUGGAGGACAUUUUGGCGAACCUCAUGCUGGACGACCGUUUCAAAGGCAGGGGGAAGUGGGACAACAAGAGGAGCUCAGGGGCCCUGCAGCAGGAGAUUCGGGAAAGGGCCACAGUCCUGCAGACGGAUUUUGAGAACGUCGUUCACGCAAACAAGGACUCUGUGCAGACAGCCAAGAAAGCUCUGCAGUCGUUCCUGCGGGCGUACACCACCUACCCGACCAGCGUGAAACACGUCUUCCACAUCCGCCACCUCCACCUGGGCCACGCCGCCAAGAGCUUUGGGCUCAGGGACGCCCCCCAGGGCUUGUCCUGCACCGGGGCAGGGGCACGGGGCGGCAAGGAGAGGGGCAAGGAGAAGGGCAAGGGCAAGGAGAAGAGACCCCCCAGGACGCUGAGCGGCAAGGAGCGGGUGGCCAGCCUGAUGCGCUCUGAGUACGCCAGCGGAGCCGAGGACUGCGCCCCCAAGAAGAAGAAGAGGAAGAAGAGGCAGGCCGCGGAAGGCGAGCAGACGCCCGACUAGCGUCCGGCGAGACCCACGCUGUGAGGGGGUUCACUGCCUCCCCCCCCCCCCCCUCCCUGGGGCUCAGUACGCCUCAGAAAUGCUUACAGCACCAGCCCUGUGCCAGACCUCACCACACACAGUGUGACCGCCGAGCUCUGAAUGGUAAAGUCUAUACGCAAAGGACAGGAAGCAGUGAGCGAUUUUCCCCUGUCCAACUGGCACAUAAUGGACCUUCCUUCUUAUAUCUGUAUCGUAUAUUGGACAUGAUGGGAACAAGUGACUCGCCUGCAUGCAAUUAGGGACAUUCACCCGUUUUUUUUUUCUCAGUUCCGUGCACCGUUGCCUGCAGACCUACACUCAGAAAUAGUGACAAGGAAUAGAAGGAACAUUUUAGUUCUCCAAGGAUCCCAAAUUUCCCAAAUGUACCCCGAAGGUACAGUAAUGUUCUUUUUGGGUAAAAAUUGGUAUGUUUUCCAAGCAAAAAAUUUACAAAUUAGGGGUACAAUUUUUUGCACCUAUUGGGUACCCCCCCAAUGACAAGCCUUUGUACUUUUUAGGCACUUUUCGUACCUUUAUUUCUGAGUGUAUGUAUGACUGCCUAAACAAAGCAGGCCUGACAGACAAGGUGUAGGAUGCCAAGUUUGACCAGGAGGACCAAAGGCCUCUGUAUCUGACCCACCUUCCACCCCUGUCUCAAAUGUGUGUUUAAUCAACUUGUCCAAACCUGAUACACACAGCUAGUGGUCACUGGUGUUACCUCUAGAGCAAGAGAUUGUCAUUGUUGUUUUUUUAUUUCAUGUCAGCGUGGGAAAUUCAAGACUCACACAUAAUUCUCAAAUACAAUGGAUGGACAAUUAAGUGCUUGAAACAUCUAACCUGGGCAGUUUGAUAAUGUUUGUUUUUUAAAUGUAAUUAUCUUUUAACUGUAUUUCUAUGUAAAGUUCAGUUUAAAGGAGGAUGAUUCAGCUGA